AAAAGUAACCCCCUCCCUACCCCCCAUGUAAUGAUAGUUGUCCAAGAUGGCUACCAGCUUGGUGGAAKUCAGUGCAACAAAAUUAGGGAUUGCAGUUGCGGCCGCUUUUGGUGCAGGUAUAUGGUUAUUAAGGCGYUACUUAGUUGGAAGAAAAUGCACAAACAACGUAUCUUUACAAGGAAAAACUGUGCUUAUAACCGGAGGAAAUACUGGCAUUGGAAAGGCAACUGCUAUGGAGAUGGUAAGACGAGGAGCGAGAGUUAUCAUUGCUUGUCGAAGUCUACWUCGUGGCGAAAAUGCAGCUARAGAAAUCCGCUCAAGGUACCACUUUGCUGAUAUUGUGGUACGAGAAUUAGAUCUGGCCUCGUUGGAGUCAGUACGCAAGUUUGCCAGUGAAAUACUUCKAGAGGAAAAGAGACUAGACAUUUUGAUCAACAACGCCGGUGUCUACUCCCCUGCGGUGAAGAAAACUAAAGACGGUUUUGAAAUGCAGUUUGGAGUUAACCACUUGGGACAUUUCUUGCUCACUAACUUGCUUCUUGAUCUCAUUAAAAAGUCAGCUCCAAGUAGAAUUGUUGUUGUUUCAUCUUCUUUGGGAAAGAGAGUCAAGGCUUUGGACUUUGCAGAUGCUUUCAGAAAAGAGCCAAGUCCAGAACCUGUCAAGUCUGGACGACGAUUUCCUACGGGUUACUCAAAGAGCAAGCUUGCUAAYUUUCUCUUUACUCAUGAAUUGAGCAAAAGGCUUCCUGAAGGUGUGACUGUGAAUAGCAUUUGUCCAGGAAUUGUCAAAACAGAGCUUGGUCGAGAUGUCAAGCUACCAUUGAKGACAAAACUGUUCUUUUAUCCCCUGUUCUUCAUCUUUGGCAAGCACCCCACUGAAGGAAUGCAGACUGUGAUAUAUUGUGCAACAGAGGAAAAGCUUCAAAAUGUAACWGGAAAAAGCUUYAGCAACUGCGACAUGAAAGAGCUGCCUCCACAAUGUGUUGAUGAUGGUGCUGCAAGGAAACUAUGGGAGAUUAGYGAGCAGUUUUGUGGACUGUCAUAGAGACAUCAGUGUGUUUKUYCACAGUUUUGGACCUUUCUUUCCAUUCCCAGAUGUAGACUGCACUGUGRCAGAGGGRAAGUCCUGUGURAMACUUURAMCAUGACAAGRGGUGGUAGUCGAAUCAUUGCUUAUGAACCAAGAUGUUGUGCAUGUACAAAAGGRUAGAUCAAGUAAUAGACCUAAUUGACUAAUGUGUCUAGUUGCUAUAAAUGUUUCCACCCAAUUCAAACAACAUUUCACAGUUGAAUUCUUGGCAACAAAAGUUUGUUUUCACACAGGAUUUGAAUUGGGUGGCAACAUACAUGUCAACACAUUAGCCGAUUAGUUAUAUUGAAUCAAAUAGAGAGAAUAAAGCAUCUUGAAUUGAUUAU